AUGCUCAGUGCUAUCUCAAGAACGGGCUUGUAUGGUCUUUCAAGAGUGGUCAACUCCUCGCAUUCUACAGUCUUAGCGAUUCGGCAUGCAUCUUUAAAUUCAGCAAUUGGGGAGGGUAUUCGCAGAUCUCAGUCGGCGGAUGCGGACAGAGAGGAUCGCCGCGGCAACGAGUCUCGAUUUUCUAAACGCGAGCGACAAUACGAGGGGCAGUACAGAGCGCGACAAUACGAGAGAUCAGGUGAAUCCAAUUACAAUGAGCGUCAAACAAAUGGGGUGCGACAAUACGGACAGCAAAAAUACGAAAGAUCCGGUCAAUCCAACUUCAAUGAACGUCGAUCCUAUGGAGCGCGACCGCAUGGAGAACAGAAGCCUGAUAGAGCUGGAUUGAACACCGGUGUUGAUCGCAACUACGGCCAGGGCGAUCGAGAAUACGGAGCAAAAAGAACCCGGACAUCAGACGGCUUGGGCCGCAAAGACUAUGGCCGCCGACAAUCGACAUGGAAUGACCACCCUCAAUCCUCAAGACACAGCCGAAAGGAGGAAAAGUUUGAGUUCGAUGAGGAUGAGUUCAUUCGUUCUGGUGAUUUCCGAGGACUUCCCCGAGAACAUCAAUCACGAUUCCAGUCACGAUUUCAAUCGCGGACCCAAGAGAGUCCAUUCACACAAUCUGGACGGGGAAGGUACGCAAUGGAUGAGUCGCGGGAGAAAGAGCCGGCAAGAUCUCGAGCUCACCGGGCCACGAGCAGCAUGCCAGAACGGGUGAAGGACAACGUGAAAGUGCCCGACACAAUUCCCUACACUACACCGGCAUCUGAGUUUAUUUAUGGCACAAGUGCCGUGGAGGCGGCGCUGCGUUGCAGUCGGCGCCAACUAUACAAGCUGUAUAUCUACCAGAGUGCGGAUGAAGAACUAAGUGCAGCAAAGAUGACAAUCCGCAAACUGGCACUGUCAAAGAACAUUACAGUAAAAAUGGCAUUUGCCGGAUGGGAUCGGCUCAUGGACAAGAUGAGUGCCGGGCGACCUCACAAUGGGUGUAUUUUGGAGGCAUCUCCCUUACCAAAAUUACCUGUGCGUGGCCUGCAGGCUGUUCCAUCUAUAUCCGAGGAGUAUUUCCGAACGGAGCUUGCGCCACAAACCCGGGAAGAAGCUGCGGUAAAUGGCACCGAUGAUCGAAUCCAGAUCCAUCAUCCUUCUCCUUUCUCGCAAGAAACUGAACAACGCCACCGAUACCCAGUUGUUUUGUUAUUGGAUGGAGUGGUCGAUACCGGUAAUAUGGGCGCCAUCAUCCGUUCAUCCUAUUUCCUGGGUGUGGAUGCAAUUGUUCUGGCCGGUCGCAACUCUGCGCCAUUGUCUCCUAUCACAAUCAAAUGUUCUGCUGGCGCAGCCGAGAACAUGCCUAUCCUUCACGUGAAGAAUGAAGUUGAUUUUAUUCAGCGUUCCCAGCAGAAUGGGUGGCGGUUCUAUGCCGCAGAUGCACCAAUCCCCGGCUCUGUGCAUCUAGAUCAUAUCUCUUCGGACGGUAACCAAAGCGGAUCCAAAUUACCUAUCACGACUGCGCCUAGUGUUAUCAUGAUGGGUAGCGAAGCCACUGGAUUGAGCUCACAUAUCAAGUCGCAUGCAGAUGCAAUCGUCAGCAUUCCAGGUGCCCGACAUAGUUCUAUCCUAGGCGUCCAAUCAGACCCUGCCCGAAUCGACAGUCUGAAUGUGAGUGUCGCCGCCGCGCUACUGAUGGAGAAGUUCUUGCGGACCCCCAUAACUUUGGGCGAAAUUGUCAAGAAGGAAAAGAAUAUGGAAACCAACACGAGAAAGGAUAAAAUGUGGUAA